AUACACAACAGCAUAGCAUGUAUAGCCAUGCAAUAAGAGAAUAUAAGUGACAACACAUAUACACUACAUACAAUAGUAGUUUCCAUUAAUCAGCAUGAAGGCCAUUUUCAUUGCAUUCUUACUUUUGGCUUCCAUGGCCUUCCUACCCUCUUCAACUCUAGCAGCUCGUGAAGUCAAAGGAGAGAAAGCAGCAAGAUAUACAGCAGUAACAGCUCCUACUAAGAACCCUAAUAAACCUGCUGUUAACUGUCCCCCUAAUUCGCCUUACAGAGAGUGCCUCAAACCGCAGCCGCCGCCAGCGCCAAAAUGUUCAGCCUACAGUCGUCGCUGCCCACCAUGAUGAUGCAUAUCUAUGAAGGCAAAUAAAUUGGAGUGAAUGAAGAAGAAGCUUUCCUUGUUAAUUAGUCUAUAAAUAGUAAUAGUAAUAUGUGAAUAAUAAAACUCUCUUCAUCAUGAGUUUUAUGUGUGUCUUAAUAUUGUUAAUCAUCUCUCUCUAUAUAUGUAUUUUGCUGUCAAUGUAUGUCAGAUUUCACAAUGUAGUAGAAAAUUACAUAAGAAGAAGAAAAUUCUUCACACAAUGAAUCAAUCCCAUUGCAUAAACAGGAUAGAAACAUGAAAGCCAUUAGUUA